CGACACCAACUUGGCGUCGGCAUGGUGGACCUGAAAGCCGUGUCUUUCGUGCUGCUGGUGCUUCAGAACACACUGGGCACAAUCGUGAUCAAGUACUCCCGCGCCACCAAGUACCAUGGCACGACCACGGUGCUGCUUUACGAGCUGCUCAAGCUGGUUCUCUGCCUAGUGGUCGUCGUCGUGCAGAAGCAGGGCAACCUACGUCAUGCCGUUCAAAGCGUCCGUCUCGAGGUGUUGGGGGACACCCAAGGGUACCUCAAGAUGGUACUCUUGGCGGCACUGUACAGUUUCCAGAACAACGUCCAGCUGCUCGCGCUGGAUCACGUGAGCGCCGCCACGUAUGCCAUCGUCUACCAGCUGAAGAUCGUCACCACAGCGUUCUUCAUGGUGCUGUUCCUCAAGCGAUCGUUCCAUACAGUGCAGUGGGUGGCCAUGGUCGUUCUCAUGGUAGGCGUCGUGGUGUGCUCCGUCGGCAACAGCACUCCCGCACCCGACAAAGCGUCCACGUCCGCCGUCGGCAUCUUCAUGGUCGUCGGGCUGGCCGUCAACUCGGGGGUAGCCGCGGCCUACUUUGAAAAGGUGCUCAAGACGCACAAACCCGCUGACGCCAUCCUUCGCAACCGCGUCCCUGAUGUCGAUCCCAUGUGGAAAACCAACAUCCAGCUCGCCAGCGUGUCGGUUCUGGUGGCCUGUGUAGGGGUAGUGCACACUGCGACUACAACCCGUGGCUUUGCCUUCUUCGAUGAGUACACCAAGUUCACGUGGGGAGUUGUGUGGCUCCAAGCGUGCGGCGGCCUGAUUGUGUCGGCCGUGGUGCGGUACUCGGACAACGUGGUCAAGAACUUUGGCACGGCAAUUUCCCUCGUGUUGGGCUGCGUGCUAUCGAAUUUGCUGUUUGAUGACCAGCUAUCGCCCAUGUUUUUUGUGGGCGUGACGCUGGUCGUGCUGUCCGUGUAUGUCUACGGAGACUCCCGACUCCACGGACCUGCCGUGCAUGUGAAAGUAGAGCCUCGAGACCUCGAAGGCGCAAGUUCCAAGGACAAGGGCGGCGGUGGUGGAGGGGGGGACCUACCACAAGCAGUUGUGUUGAAUCAACGCGCGAUGUAUCGGGUAGAUGAACCACCACCCAUCAAGUAAUCUUAGCAUUAGUGUGUUUAUACAAAACAUGGUGUGCUGAACAACUAAAUGUACAGAAGAAGCGGCAGUAGAAUUUAGUUAAUCAGAUACCAAUCAACAGCUAAUUAGUGUGGGA